ACGUCCCCAGGAGGAUGCCACUCUCCCCACUGGCCUUAUGUCCCCCUCAAGAAAGAACAAUGCUUUCUCCUUUGACGAAGGCAAACUGGUUUGGCCAACCAGGUACAAGAUUCUUGGGUCAGGGCCAGAAAGAACAGGACAGUGAGUGGCUGUUUUUGUUUGUUGUUUUCCAGCAGCAGUGGGAGAGAGCUCGUCAGAGAAUGGCUUCUGUGUCCUGGGUGACUUGGUUUCCCUUCUUUGGUUGCUGCCGUGGAGUCUCCUUCAGAUGCCCUUGAGAACUUGUGGUCAGUCAAUCUGCCACUCAGACCACGGGAAUGAAUGAGCAGGGGCUACAUUCUAUAGAGUCCACCUGUUGGAGUGUUUUUCUCUUCACCUCCUUCCCAAACUGUUCUUUGGGGAUUUUUCUUCAGUAUGUGGGCCAGUCCAGAGGUGGAGAUGUUGCAUGGUGGUUUUUACUACAGUUGGGCUACACGGUGCAUUUGCCUUUGUUGCUGGCCUCUUGCUCCUGAUGCAGCUGUGUAGGCUCUUAUAUCCUUACAACCCUAGCUGCAUUCAUGUAGCUUUAUUUUACCGUUGGCUGACAGUACAGAACAAGAUUGGACCUUGUACCUUGAGAAGUCCUGUAACAGGUUGGGAGGAGUUCUGACUCUCUUCUUUUCCACUGGGUUUGCUAUAUAUUCUUUUGAGCAGAGCACAGAGAUCUCCACAGACCUCUAGGGCAAGGAGAAGACUAGUUAAUAUUCCGUCAACUUGGAACUCCAAGAUCUUGUGUUUACUUGGGUAAAGCCACUGCAUGAAGUCACAAUUGAGAAUGAAGUCAUUUUUUUCAUUCGCCAUAAGGGGGCGCUCUUGGCUCUGCUUCUUAACCUUUUCUGGGCUAGGCAGAGAACUUUGCUGAUUUAGGAGGCAACUGGUAAUUUGAGGACUGAUAAGACCAACCAUGUCUGUGGUCAUUUCUGUCCAGGAUUAUAACUAAUUCUUGCCUAAUUCGUAAUAUCUGAAAAAUGUUCUCAAAGAAUAACUGUGCCCCAAAUGGGACAUGAAAAUAAAAACUUGCCUAAUAGCUAAGAGUGGUCAGAACCUCAGACAUGAGGAGGAAGUGGGGAAUGCUUUAACCAAGGCUUCACACUUAUUAAGACUGUUGAUAUUAUCUCCAAACCAUGAUUAUUUUGUGUUUGUGGGUAUGAAAUGUGUUAAUUUCUUAAAUGUAUGCCUUUAAAGUAUCCUGUAAUUUUAACUCGUCAUUUUUUUUUUGAUAUAUGGAGAGAUUUUCAAAAUGUGACCCCUGAAAGACAACAUCAAGUUAUCAUAACUCUGAUUUUAAAAAGUUUGUCAGUGAUUCAUUCAAGAGUAUUUAUUGAGUAUUUAUUGUACUGUGCAAGGUACAGAUUUCAAGAUCAAUUCCAAACUAAACAAGUAAAACCUUCUCUACCAACUUGGUUUAGUAGUACUAAAACAAAUACUUUGCAUUUUUACACUGUGCCUUCCGGGGUUUUAAAGCCUUCUCAUAAGGCUUUGAUCUUUACAGCACCCCUUUGACGGGUAAGGUGAGUAUUUUCUCUGCUUUACAGGCAACGGUAUGCCUUUUAAUGGGGAUGAUUUUAUAUACUUUAAAUAUUUUAAGCAGGUUGUUGAGAGUUCCAACAAUGUCAGUAGAAGCACCCACUUACAUGUGACACAGAUGGAUCAAAAUAUAAAGAGAACACUUUUAAAACCAAGUAUGUCUCAGCAUCUGUGUCAAAUAAGGCCAUCAAGGACUCUCUUGGGGGAGCUUAUACCCUCCCCCCACCAAGUUCUUCAUCAGCAUCCCCUACUGUUUUGGUGUUGAUAAUUAUUGUUUUCUGAGUCUCUUGUAAACUGCCCUAUAAGUGGAACUUCGAUGCCGCACUCCAACACCAAACUCCUCCUGUAGAGGUACCUACCUUGAAAUUGACACUGACCAAGUUCUGCUCUCAGUUUGGCUCUUACUUCCUAUUGAACCCUAGCUAGUCUUGACUUUUCUGAGACUGAGUCUUCAUGUUUACAAGGAGGGAUUAGAUUUUGAUCUUUGAGUUUGCUCCAGCCUCUAUGAGUUUUACGUGUUACAGCUGUAAAACGUUAAAACACUUCUCAUCUCUGAUACCCAGGAAUAAUCGUUUCGGCUAGACAGAUGCCAACACAGUCUCACCUAAUUAUGGAAAGAAAAAAUAAUCGUAAAGGCCAUGCAAAAAAAAGAAAUUGUGUCAUUGGUAAAGGGUUUUUCCAACUACAUCUUCUAUUUUUUUCUUGUGGGGAGGUGGGGGCAUUACACGUUGUCUUUUGGUGAGUUGGUACCAAAGAGCUUUGAGAUUGUGUUAAACAGGCACAGACCCGAUUGGUGUACUCUCAGAAGAGUGAUUGGAUCUCUGUCAGAAAGACCACGCCAAGAUAAAAAUACACAGAAGUCGAAACCAACUGGAGAAGCACAAGAAAUAGUGUGGCCAAAAUCCUAAUACCAUCACAAGUCAGUAAACACCCCCUUCUAUGGAAAACCAUCCCAGUAAUCCCAGCACUAUACUUUUCCUUCUGUAAGGCCAUGGCAAUAAUCAUCUUGGCCGUGUGGCAAACCCUGCUCUUCUAAGGACUGGAUGAAAUCACUUCAAGUAAAACACUUAGUUAAUGCCUGGCAGACGUUACAUAGUAACUUUAACAUUAUUGUUAUUGUUUUCUCCUUUAAUGCUUGCAGUAGCCUCAUGCGGCGGCUACUAUUGUUAUUUCCCUUUGGAAAGGAAGGGGUGAUAAGAAUACGCAAAGCUUCAUGGAGAGAGGCUCUGGCCCCAUCCUCAUUGUGAGGCAAGAAGAGGCAAAGCUAGGGUUAGGAGCGAUCCCUGGCUUCGAAGUUUCCGUCCCAAACUUCUAUCCUCUAGGCCCCCCUUGUGUCUGGCCCCCGGGUCAAACGCGGAGGUUGCUUUUCAUGCAAGUUCUGGGGUCACCCCCGGCCCCCGCCCCGACCCAGCACAGCUCUCUUAGUACCGACUUCCUCAGGCUCAGUCCAGGCCAGUCGACUCCAGCUGAUGGUGGAGAAACGCAGAGGUGAGCGUGGCCUCGCCGGUGGGCUCUCUGAGCCUGGGAUGGUUUGGGGGAAUAGGCGUCAAGGACGUGGGGCAAGUUGGCUUCGCGAAGCCAGCAAGGGAAAGGUAGGGAGGGCGUGACAUCAUCUGUUCAAUCAACAGCCUCCCCUGAGGCUUCCAGAAUGCAAAAAUACUCCCUUGAUUCUCAAAGUGGGUGGUUUACUGAUUUCACAGCUUCCACCCCAAAUUGAGAUGCAGCGGCUUUUAGCCAGAUCUGGGCAGGCUCUGGAUGUUAAAUCCAGCCCUUGACUUACUUUUUUCUCUUUUUUUGUAAAGUGAAGGAUAACAGUCGCGGUCCCCUUUCAUCCCUCCGUGCCUCCAGGUUCCCGUCGCUGGUCUGGGCGACCCCGGCGCGCCGCGAAGGGACGACCCGCCCGCCAGGUUUGGGGGCUCCUCCGGGGGAGUCUGCGUGAGGUGGGAUCCGGAGCAGUCCGCGAGCUGGCGGGCAUAGCUCCUCACCGGAGACACUGAAACUGGAGGAGGUUCCCGUCCCGCCAAUCUGAUUUCCUGCGCUGCUCGCCGCCGCGCGCCGCUGAAGACCCGCGGUUAAUUGCAAAAGGGUAGUUUGCUGAUCACUGCUGGUUAGAUCAAUACGGCGAGAGCAGAAAGAAAAGAUCCGAAAUACGAAAGCUCCCCGAAGCCGGGAAGGGGAGAAAAACGGCGGCUGACAUCACUCGGGGCGGGGCCGAAAGCCCUAAGAAAAGUCGGUAGGACCCGAGCGGCAGCCGCAGCCAGACACCAGCUCAUCAUGAGCAGCCGCAACGGCUCCGAGCUCCACGUCCUCUGCAGCUCCGGCCAGCUGUUCUUGCAGCCCCUCUGGGACCGCCUCAGGACCUGGGAGGCCCUCAUCCAGUCGCCCUUCUUCCCCGUCUUCUUCUCCAUCACCACCUACGUGGGCUUCUGCCUGCCCUUCGUGGUGCUGGACGUCCUGUGCCCCUGGGUGCCCGCGCUACGGCGCUACAAGAUCCACCCGGACUUCUCGCCGUCGGCUUGGCAGCAGCUGCCCUGUCUGGGGCAGACGCUCUACCAGCACGUGGUGUUCGUGUUCCCCAUGACACUGCUGCACUGGGCGGCCAGCCCCGCCCUCCUGCCCCCCGAAGCCCCCGAGCUGCUCCAGCUGGUCCGCCACGUCGUGCUCUGCCUGCUGCUCUUCGACACCGAGUUCUUCGUGUGGCACGUGCUGCACCACAAGGUGCCCUGGCUGUACCGGACCUUCCACAAGAUGCACCACCAGAACUCGGCCCCGUUCGCGCUGGCCACGCAAUACAUGAGCGUCGGGGAGCUGUUAUCCUUGGGUUUCUUUGACAUGAUGAACGUCUUGCUGCUCCAGUGCCACCCGCUCACUGUCCUGACCUUCCACGUGGUCAACAUCUGGCUGUCGGUAGAGGACCACUCGGGCUACGACUUCCCCUGGUCCACGCACAAACUGGUACCUUUCGGGUGGUAUGGGGGCGUGGAACACCACGACCUGCAUCACUCCCAGUUUACCUGCAACUUCGCCCCUUACUUCACACACUGGGACAAAAUACUGGGAACUCUGCGGUCUGCUCGCGCCAAGUGACAUGCAGGCACCCCUCCCGGCGUAGUAGUGUGUGCUGUGGUGAGGGGUGGGUGUACCUCAGACGUUGUGCAUUUCACCCUUGAAUCGGGAGAGACGCCCUUGAGGUUGCUUUUUUGUUUUAUUUGCUGGAAACUUACAGAGAAAAUCUGAUGUAUUUUUCACAAUCUAGUAAUUUACGUAAUGUUUGUAUAUCAACAAUUAUAUUCUUGAUGUGGAAUUUCAGCUCACUUCAAUAGCCUUGAUAUCUGGGUACAAAGUAUCCAAAAUCACUGGCGUAUUUAAAUAAUCUCUGAAAGGGUUUGUUUGAAGAACAAGGAGUUUUACUCUGUUUGAAGGUGUCCUAGAACUAGGCUAAAAUAAUAUAUUUUUAUGGAGAAUCUGAUCUGUGACUCUGUAAACAAUGAAACAUGUUCCUGCUGGACAGUGACUAAGAUUAUUGUGCCUUUUUUCUUUGUUUUCAUAGAGCUGUAUAUUUAUAUCGAAGGAAACGUUAUUUAUGUUUGAAAAAAAGUUAAAAAAGGACAUAAACCAAACAAGUACUGGCUUCUGGCAUUUUCACUGGCAUUUUGACUGAUAGAAACUGGAAUGAGAACAGGGAGCUGGGAUGGCAGGUGCUCUUCAGAGUCUGCGUCAGCCCAGCUGUGGAAAGAGGAAUCUGGUGGUGGCAGGUUUGGGGGAGGGGAAGCUUGUAGGAAAGGAGGUCAGAGAAGGGAUCUGUUUGUUGGUUUGGGUCUAGAGAUUUCACAGAGGGAAAAACACUGUUGUUCUGGUUGUGUUUUAGUUGA